GACGGUUCAGUUUCCCCCACCAAGCAACAUCCAGUUAUGUUGUGGCGAGCGUUGCUGGCUCGAGUGAUCGGUAUGCCUCGUCCUUUCGCGUCGUACGUACACAGAACUUGCAUUCUUUGAGCCCUUUUUUUUAUUAUUCAUUACUCCGCGUCGUGCGCGAUUAUUCGUGAUCGCGGUGCGUGUUCGAACGUCUAUCACGAGUCUCCUUUACACUCUGAAAACAACGUGAAGCAAGGCUGCGUAAGCAACAAUUAUUGACACGCGUGGGACAGGAUCGUGAAGGUGGACGCGAGGAUCGGCAUCGACCUGGAAGAAUCUACCUUUGAAGAAAAUAUAUCAAUUUCGGAGUGAACUGCGACUCCAAUCAGAUUCCCUCUCCACCGUGAGAAAAUUUGCAGGAAGAAUGCGGCGCGGCCGGUCGAUCGACGAUGGCUGGUAAAACGAGACACAUUGUGAAUCUUGCCGGCGGGCAAGAAGAACGCGCAGUGACACUUGCGGAAGAGAAGGAGAUGACACGCGGGAUCUUAGAAAAGAACGAAGCCGCGACUUUUUCGCGCACGCGCGAGCACCGCUAGGGGAAGAGAGAAUACAGCCUUGAAAACGGCGAAUAAUAGACAGUUCCUGAGUGAUCGGCAGUCACUUAUUAACGUGCCGACAAUUUAUUCCGAGUUUUGCAAUCUCCCUCGAUCGCUGACACCGGUCGUCAGUCUCGCGACAGCUCGCAUUCAUCUAGCUCCGGCCGUACAAGCAAGAGAUUUAUUCUCCUCAUCGAUAUAUCGGACGAUAAAAUACAGCGAGGCAGCAGUGACACGAUGUAGUGUUGGUGGUUCAGUCGAGGAGGAAUAUUUUUACGUGAAUUAGAGACGAACGCGAAAAAUCGAGGACAAAUUCUCCGCGAGUGAGAACACGCGGCGCGAAGAUGAAGACGAUGGGUGACGUCGUCGCGGAUCCUGUCGAUGAGAACGAUGGGACGAUGCAACCGGCUGGCGCCAGCAAGGAGUUCGGUCAUAGGACACUGAGGUCCUUGAAGAGAGGACUGGGCCGACUCUGGAGACGACACAGAGGCAACGUGUCGAUAACCGAGUACGAUCCCUCCUACAAAGUCGCGUAUCUCGGAAACGUGCUGACCGGAUGGGCCAAAGGUGAAGGCUGCGUCGAGAAGCCUGUGUCGACCUUAUGGCGGAACUACAUGACAAGUAGCAGGCCCGAUGUCUCUAUGAGGCUGACGAUAACCAACGGUGGUCUGACUGCGACCACAAAGGAUCACGGUCUCACCGAAUACUGGGCUCAUCGUGUGACUUAUUGCACGGCCCCGGUUUCGCACCCGCGACUCUUUGUCUGGGUGUACAGGCACGAAGGUCGCAGGUUGAGGCCCGAAUUGAGGUGCCAUGCCGCUCUGUGCAGCAAGGAAUCCACCGCAAGGAGACUCGCCUCUGUUCUCAAUGCCAGAUUACAGCAGGCGCUCUUAGAAUUUCGCCGAGAUAAAGUCUCCAGGCAAAAUGCCAGGUUGUCUCUGGCAAGCGCAUUGUACGAUAAUCCGUCGUUGCCGCGUCGGAAGCUUCUUCUGAGCACCGGCGGCCAGAACUAUCGACCGCCCAUGGAAAGGUCGAAGAGCGCACCAAAGCUGUCGGCAAUCGAAGAGGAUACGGUAGCCGAAGAAAUGGAACAGCAGAGGCUGUUGGAAGAACUGCAUUCCUUGGAGACGGUAGCGCGCAGCUGGGAGGAUCAGGAUAGCUGGAGGAUAGCCAGGCUGUUGGACGCUCUCAAUCGCGAAUCCUCUGACGAGAACGGUAGCAUCUCCAGCGGAUGCGAAACCGCCAGCACGGCGACAAGCGAGGAAAGAGCCAUCGGCGCAGAGGAACACCUCGCACGAAAUCAAAACGAUCAGCGAGGAUCAAUCAAGAGGGUUAUUUUCUCGGAAAAUCGAGGUGAUAAGGAAGGACCACGAAGGAAUUCGGAGGGAUCGCCUCAUUUCAUGACGUGCGCCGGUAGUCCCCGUUUCAAUCCUGUAUAUCCUACAAAAAGGUUUCCUUUAAGAAGCGAGGAAGAAGAAUCGAUGGAAGAGGAGGAAGAGGAGGAUACUGCUUCCAAUAUGUUCGAUUUUGAAGAUAUCGAGGAUCUUGAUGAUGUAGUAGAUUAUCGACCAAGGGGUGAAGUAUUAAAGGUGUUAAACAGGAUCGAAGAACAAAGUAGAGAGAGACGAGCGAAUGAAAAAUACCCUGAUAGGACAAGUCAUGAAUUUCUGCAAAAUGAGGAAACUUCAUUUCUAACUCUGGAUUCUCUCGACGAGGAAGCUGAUAGCGAUGAGAGCGGUUACGUGGAGGCGCCACCAAAGUCUUUAUUAGGUCAAGACGAUAGAAAAGAAGAGGAAGAGAGCAAUCGUUCGGUAUUGAAUUCGUUCAAGAAUCAAUUGGAAACUGCGCGUAGAAACAUAGAAACCGAUGGAAACGAGAAUCAAAAAAUAAAGCACGAAGAUCCUAAAAUAGACGAACAAAAGGAAAUAGAACCUAAAAAGGUAGAGAAAAAGGAUUCUUUAUUAGUGGUCGAUGAUAAUCAAAGGAUCAAAGAGAGAGAAAGAGAGAGAGCGGAUUUCAAAUAUCCUAUUUCAGAAACUAUCAAGAAGUUAGCUAGCGCAUCACUGAGAUCCAAAUCCCUCGAGAUGACGAGCAACAAUUGCUUGAACGUCUUAAAUAAUUUUAAAACUUCCAAGUCAUUUGAUAGUACGAGAACUGAUGAAAUUACUAUGGAAUCGCCAAGUCUUCACCAAAGGAAACAAUUGUUGGCACAACGUGGUGUUAUGGUUUGAAAAUUUUUUUUCCAUCUUUUAUAUAUAUAUAUAUA